AUGGGGAUUUUCUCUUGGUGGAAAGGCAACAACAAGGAAACUCAGCCCUCCAAACCCGCACAGAAACCUCAAAUUUCGUCGGAAAACUCCCAGGUACCGGGCAUGAACGGAGCUAUGAAAGUACCUCGACCAGACCCUCCGGCCGACGUCACGAUCUUUGAAUUCGGAUCGGUGGCUGCUUCGACUGAUAAGGUGACGCUUGCCGGGUUCUGCCCCGUAUCGGACGAGCUCGAACCAUGCCGCUGGGAGAUCUUGCCGGCGAAUGACUCCAAUGCGCCUCAGUUUCGCGUAGUCUUCUGAAGGGUCAAUUAACCUGCUUGAUACAGGAUUGGAUUAGGAGGAUGGAAUUAGGUUUUGAAAUAUGAGUGGUUCAGAUGACUGGAGUGUCCCUUGAUACUUUUAUGCUGAAAGAUGAAGCUUGUCGUUGAUGGAAGCUUCGUGGGAUUAGUUACACCAACUUCAAACUUCUCGUCUACUUCUUUAGUUUACAGCGAGAUAUGUAUGUAAUGGUUGACAUCAAAAGGUGUUUGUCACAGUAAAGGCUUGAAUGGAGGAUAUGCCCUUUCCAUAAACAUGACAAAUGCCUUUUAU